AGGAAAGACGGUUCGGCAACUGAGUUAUACUUCCUGUCUAUGCAGGAAUCAUUCUAUUUUCUCCCCGCAGGUCAGUACAAUCUCAAUGUCAGCAAAUAACAAGAAAAUGUUUCGGAGAGAACGGAGAGGCUUUAAGAGCAAAGUGUUACUGACAAUGAGGCGACGGAAAUUCCUCGGCCAAAGAGAUCAGAAGCAAGACGACAUUUUCCCCUUUGGAGAGCUCCCAAAUGAAUGCAAAGUGAAAAUCCUCGCCUAUCUGACGGACAAGGAAAAAUGUACUGCCGCCCUAGUUUGUACAUCAUGGACAGACUUGAUACGGACUCCGUGCCUUUGGACCAAGGCAGAUUUUGUAGAACUGCUCUACCAUCAGAAGAGCAGGCACAUUCCAAUUCCAUCGCCAGCCCUGGAGUGCCAAGUCCUGAAGGAGAAGGUCAAGAACUUUGUGUUCCAUCUGGUGUCCCGACAAGCCCUACUUCGUGAGCUCCUCUUUGAAUUUGACCUGCAUGAGGGUGAUGAGAUAUGGUUGAAACUUCUGGUAUACUUACUGCAGAUGACACAUGCCCAGGAACUGCACACAAUUCAGUGCAACUGGACUUACACCCCUCACAUCCCCUGGUUCCUCAGCGGAGCCGCAGUGGAUGCCAAGGAAUCCCGAGUUACAUCUUUCCACAAGCUCCUCAUGAUCUUACAAGAAAGCAGCCCAGGAAUCCAGGGCUUCACAAUGCCCUUUGAUUGGUCACCAUGCUCCAUCAGCCUACUCUGCCGAUUCAAAAGCAUCACAACCCUGGAGUUGUCCAAGUACUGGGUCUUCCACGGCCUUCCCCAAAGGCUGUUGAACAGGCUUCUCCAAGAGCUCCCAAAGCUGAGGAGGUUCAAGUUGGAGGUUGCUGUACCCUUCAGGGACAGUGAGCUGUACCCUCAGUACACCAUGUCAUCAGAAACCCUGGAAGAACUGGACAUCGCAGCCUGCUCAGGCUUCUUCCUCUGGAGUGUUACCUUACCGAACCUCAAACGCUUCUGUGAUGCUAGGACAGCCUGGACUGGGCCCAUCCUUCCAAGGAAGGCUCUGAAAAUCCAAUGUCUGUAUAACGUCGUGAGGAAUGGUGCUCCUAAACUCAACAUCUUCAACACUAGUCCUCUUAGAGAAGGUUGGAGGGAGAGUUGCCCCAGUGAACUGGAGGAUGUUCUUCGUGCAACUUGCUACUGUGAACGCCAUAAAAGCAGCCCUCUCAUAUUCUAGUUUUAAAAUGGCAUCACUCUGAGAGAAAUAAGGAAAUUGUGUCCAUGCAGACAACAGUGAGAUAUUCACACUGCCACCGACAAAUUUUCUCACUUUAAAGUUGACAUCCUGCAUUAGUUUUGGCCUACAGUUUAUCAAACAGGUGUCAUUGUUAAUAUAUGCACAACCACAAUCACGUUAUUGCAUUUCGGAAUUGUCAUGAGUAACAACUAUUGUUCCUGUUAUGCGCAGGGGAAAACUGAACAAACUAAUCAUGUGCAUCCAAAAGGGUAAAACUUUCUAAGUCCUUAUCACUCAAUGUAAUUGACAAUGUCUACAGGGUUGUUUUCUGUAUUGAGAAACACUUAAAAUGAUGAUCGUGUGUCACUCAGUGGGCAUAUUUUUUAAUGGCUUUCCAGGGUCAGUAAGCUCUAUUGGCAUAUAAGGUUUAAAAGUGAUAAAAUAUAAAAGUGGAUGUAAUACACAGAGGGACAUUUUUUUAUUUAAUGCAUUUUUUUUAACUUGGAAGUUGAUGUGAGAUUGCUGCCACUCUUUCCCCAACUACUUGAUAUUUUAAUUUACAUAACAUGGGAUGGGGAACAUUUUAUACAGGUUACAGAAGGGCAUUUCAAUCUAUUGGAUGUAUUUUGAACAUGUAGUUGAUGUCAGGCUGAGACUCCCACCAACCUGUGCAUAUAUUUUGUACUUAAUAUAAUAUAUCUGUGGUCUGUUAAAUAUUAUUAGACAUGUUAUAUACCUCUUUACAAAUCCCCAUGCAUAUUAUUUGAACAGACAGAAGUACUGAGUAGGUUUUAAUGUAGAUCAAGAAUUUUAAGUAGGUGUAUAUAACGCUGCAAGCAACUUAUCGAUAUACUCUCAGAUGUUCAUAUUCCUGCUGUAAGUCAAAAGAACUUCUGUACUUCUCCUGUGUGUAAAUGUUAAACCCUGUAUAUGUUAAACUGUGCUGUAAAUAAAAUUUUAAAACCUA